AUGGUAUCUUUUCAUGGACGGAGUGUGUUGCUUCAAGCUUUAUCUUUCUAUGCCCUUCUAGCUUUUCUCGCUGCGUCUGCCUCAUCAACUCAAUUUUUAUAUUCUGUGGUCGAGAGUUCGCAUCAUCAUCAGAAACGUCAGGGUGUCUCGAUAGCUCAGAAUGCUUCAAUAGCUCAGAAUGCUUCGACAUCGGCUCUUGCACAAGCCCAAAAGAUUGUGGCGGAAGCAGUCCGUCAGCAAGGCGAGUACAAUACCUAUCGUGUCGCAAAUCCAAGACUCAACAAGUAUUAUGCCAGUAACUCGGCAGAAGCUAGAGCCUACAGAAAGCAAAAGCGGGACACAGAGCCACUUCCACCAACGCUUAACGCUACCAUCCGAGCUGCUGCAGCUUUGCUUGCCGAGGAUGAUGCUGCGGCCAAGGCUGCAAAUGGCACUCUCAAUCGUGUCUACCCAAAACCGACUUUCGAUAGCAAUUCUGAUUCUGAGGACACGAAACGCGCUACCUCAAGCUACUAG